UCCUGCCAGUCCCUUAAUAAACUAGAAGUGUAUUAUUCCAACGAAUUUUGAAAAGUAGUAGGUUGUUUGAUUUAAAACUCAUAGCGAACUUAAUCUCCAGUGAAAAAGGAACAGGAGGUCUUCGGGAGUUAAUCGAUCGAUUUUUCUCUGUUAGACGACAUUUAGCUAAAUACAUAGAAUAGUGUCCCGCAACACGAAUGCAAAAACAUGGAGGAGUUGUCCGGUGUUAUGAUAGUGCUGAUUAUCGGCGGUGGAGUGUUGGGCGUAACAAUGUGUUUCAUUUUCGCUAAAAGGCAAAUCGUUCGCUUCACACUUCGGCAGCGUCGCGGACCGCACGUUGCAGUUGGGCACGACGCAAAGAAGUCAAUUAAGAAGGAAAUAGAACGCAGGCUCGAUUGUAUACAGAAAAUAUACUACGAACCGAAGCUCAUCUGGGAUGAUAAGCUCGAUGACGAAAAGUACAUCCUGCAACCGGAUACUACCCUGCCACCGUACUACUGGCGAAUGAAAGCCGUCGAUGAUGUGAAAGAACUGGAGCGAGAAAUAACGAAACAAGAUGGCUCGGCAAGACAUCCGAGGGAUAGUCUACGGGCGUUCCUGCUAACCACAUUGGCAGCACCGCUGAAUGGAUCGGGUCAAAGAUUAAUUCAUCAGUUCUGUGAUAUGUACGAGCAUGCCCGGCACGAUCCGAAUGAAUUCGGUCAAGAGGAAUACCAAGCCUACCAAAGACUGCUGAAAAAAUUAUCCGAAGCCGCCAAAAUGUUGAAAUCUUACUCGAGCAGUCGGAAGUCGUCCCCGAAUCGGACGCCCGUUAAGAAGCAGUCAAAAAUGCAGUCCCUGCUUGAUCCGGCCAGACUACGACCCCCACCAGUAGCCCUUACAACGGGCGGCGGUACCGAUACAGUGAUGUCCAAUACGCGAAUGAACCUUUCCCUGGCCGUUCAGCUGCAGCAACAACAACAGCAGCAACAGCAGCACCAAUUCCAGCAACACGAUCUCGAGGAAAACGAAAUACUCAGUAUCUCUCAGUACCACGGAGAGACAGAAACAUUUACCAUACGCAGGUCUUUCAAAAAUUGAAAUGGUUUAGAAAGUGGGAUCCCUCCAAAAGCGAACUCUCCAAAACACGCUAAAGUGCAGAGUUGCUCCAAAAUGUUGAAUCCGAUGACAGAUGAUGGUCCGAAAACAUACUCCGAUAUAAACUUUACUGUCCUUUAAAAAGAAAAAGAAUUUUGGGUUUUCCUUAAAAAAUAGAAUUUAUUUGAGAAAAAAAA